UUUUCGUAUUAAAAAAGUUUAAAACUAAUAAUAAUUGAAUAUUAGUCCUUUAAAGAUUUUGAUUUUUUAAUUUGGGGGUGAAAUUAAAUCUCCAGUGCGUUUCGGUUGGGCCUCACAGUUUCUCUUCUCGUCUCUCUCUCUCUCGUUUGCUUUCUCUACAGAUCCCUAAAUCCUCUCCCUUUGGACCGUUAAUCCCCAAACCCUAGAUUUAAUCAAAAUCCUCACAGCUUCUUUCAUCUUCAAUCUCUCUAAACUCUCUUUCUCCUGCAAGAAAUUUGGGGACUUUUUCUUGUGGGUUUAAUUGUAUCAGCUAUGGGGAAGAAUCAAGCUUACAAGGCUAUGCAGAGAUCUAGGGUUGGUUCCAGCUCCGCCCAGCCGGAUGAAGUUGAAGACGGAAUGGUGGAUGGUUCAUUUCAUACACCAGAGUGGCAUGCGGCUCGUUUGGCUAGCCUCAAGACUACACAUACUAUUACAUGGGAAGAGUAUAAGCAGAAGCAAAAGGAAGAAGAAAUGAAAAAGGGAGAACUUGAAGCAGAUACUGAUAAACUGAUGCGUGAGUAUAGAGCUCAGCUGGAUGCAGAAAGGUCGUUGAAACUCUCCAAAGGAAGGAACUAUUCUAGUGAUAAGUCCCGUAAAGAUAAGAAAGAUAGAGAUUCAAAGAAGAAGAAAAGCAAAAAGAGAAAGCAUUAUUCGUCCUCAGAGUCAUCAUCUAGUAGUGAUGAAGAUGAAUCUAGAAGAUCAAGAUCAAGUUCGAAACGAUCAAAGAAGGAGAGGAAGCACAAGUCCAGCAGAGACAAACACUCUAGCAAAAGUAAAGACGAAACCGAUGGCCCUGUACCACUCUCUAAAUUCUUUGGCAAUCUGAAGAAUUGACACAAGCAAAACUGCAAAUGAACUAUUACAAAGAGUAAGAUUGUCUUCAAUCAAAAUACUCAAAUUAGGAUAUGAUUGCUUUCUUCCUUGUUGCAAUGUUAUAUUUUUGACGAUAGCUCAUGUACUAUUAUUUGUUGGAUUGAGAGUCGCAAUAAUGUCCCACAUAAUCAUGGUUUUUCAGUUUAUUUGCUUAAAAAA